CAUACAAUAUGAUCAGAGUUCACCUGAUACAAUACCAGCUCAAAAGAAUGUUUCGGAUAUGAUAGGUUAAGGCUAUACCCGUGCAGUGGGAGCGGAACUACAAAGCAAGAUCAGAGAUCGUAUUCUAUAUUUAGGCGUACGGUGAGCAUGAGACUGACGCAUGCCCGAUCUUCGACAAGGGGAGCAUUAGCUGGAUCAAUCCUCUCUCGUGAUGAAGUUCUUGGUUAGUCAUAUGUUGAUGGCCCUAACGGUCAUCUGCGUCGGGUUCACGUCAUUGGCAAAUGGUGCAGACAUCCUCAUUUCUGUCUUACUCCCCAAAGCUAAUAGUCAUACAAAAAGCAUUUCUGCCAUGGCAGGAGCACUGACCCGACACGGCCACAACGUCACCAUUCUCACCGCGUCCAACGUGGGCACAAAGGGGUUCAAGGGAAACACCUACAACACCGCCCUUCAGUACAAAUUCAUUCCUUCCGCAGAAAUGGAUGAAAUACAAGAAAGAGUGAGAAGCGGUGCAUUUGAGAAUAACCCGUUGAAUAAUGUAAUAAACAUGGCGAAGGUAUUUCAACUGCUACGGCAUGCGUGUCAGUAUCUCUUCGAAGACUCCGCGACUCUGGCUCUGCUCAAGGAAUCUCACUUUGAUAUCCUGAUUGGAGAUGUCUUUGACGGAUGUGAUGCAGUCCUGAGUAGUUACCUCGAGACUCCGCACAUUGCCGUGACGACAUCGAUGAGGUAUCCGUUCUUUCACGAGCACCUGUACGGAAUCCCCGCACCUUCGUCCUACGUACCGCUGGGAGCCUUCUCACUAUCAGACAAGAUGACCUUCCUGGAGCGGGUGGUGUCCUUCAUGGAGCACAAUCUUGUCAUUCCCUUGGCGGGAUGGUCUCACCUCGGGGCUAUGGAUGAGAUGAAGAAUAGAUACGGGAUUGCUCCAGGUCGAAGUGUCCAGGAACUCAUAGGCGAUGCAGAGCUGUGGUUGUGUGUGACGAACUUCGCCUUCGAUUUCCCUCGUCCUAUAGCACCCAACUGGGUGGCGAUCGGCAAUAUUGUUGAUGUUCCAGCAAAACCACUCGAUGAGGAAUACGAAGACUAUGUCGAGGGGUCCCAGGAACAUGGUUUCAUUAUAUUCUCAUUGGGUAACAACCACAGCAUACUGCCGUCACACAUGACAGAGAUCUUUGCAAGAGUCUUCAGCGAGCUUCCCCAGCGAGUCAUCUGGCGGUAUACCGGACCACGCCCUCGUUUCCUUGGUAACAACACCAAACUGGUAGAAUGGAUGCCUCAAAAUGACCUCCUGGGUCACCCGAAAGCACGACUUAUGGUAUACCACGGAGGUCUAACUGGGAUUUUUGAAGCCAUUAACCACGGUGUACCUAUGGUUGUAAUGCCAUUGUUGGGUGACCAGGAAGCCAACGCUGUUAAGGUCAAAGCCAAGGGCAUGGGAAGACUUCUCACAAAAGACUCCAUUACAUACGAGACCGUAAAGGAAGCGAUUACGGAUGUACUUGAAAAUCCAAGGUACAGCGAUAAUAUUCGCAAAUCUUCAAGGAUUUACAGAGACAUGCAGUCUGAUCCUGAUGAUGUAGUGGUCUACUGGGUUGAACACAUCCUCAAAUUUGGAGGGUCACACCUGCGAUCCAGAGCCUUGGAGCUCAACUUCAUUCAGCUUCAUUCCAUCGACGUCCUCGCUUUCAUCGUCGGGAUCGUACUCGUUGUCAUCUUCCUUCUCUCUUCUUGUUGUAAACGAUGUGUCUCACGAUGCUUGAAAACUAGAAAAUCCAAAGUGGAAUGAUUUUCAGCCAAUUUUCAGUUCUCACUAAUGGUGGUGAAGAAUAAGUUAGAGUCGAAGGACAAAAAUGAAAACGAAGAAAGACAAAAAAAAUUUUAAUUACUGUUUUCAUUUAAAUUAUUUUCUAUUUCAAAGUCUCAAGGGUUGAUAGAUCAUAUUACGCUCAUAAUUAUUGCCGUGUGUGUCCAGAUAUUUUCAUUCGUCUCUUCCUACUAUUUCUACCAAGAUAAAGAAGAGA